CUCUGCCACCCCGACCCACUGAAAUGGCCGCCGCUCGCCCUCUCGUCACCGUCCAACACCUUGAAUCGGACAUGGCCACCGACGGUGCCGGCGUUCCUCUUCCCCACGUCAUGAAAGCUUCUAUCCGUCCUGACAUCGUCAACUUUGUCCACUCCAAUAUCUCCAAAAACUCCCGUCAACCCUACGCUGUUUCCAGAAAGGCCGGCCACCAGACCUCUGCUGAGUCUUGGGGAACCGGACGUGCCGUAUCACGUAUCCCUCGUGUUCCUGGCGGAGGAACCCACCGUGCCGGACAGGGUGCUUUCGGUAAUAUGUGCCGUGGUGGUCGCAUGUUCGCACCUACCAGGAUCUGGCGCCGUUGGCAUAGGAAGAUCAAUGUGAACCAGAAGAGRUACGCUGUSGUUUCRGCCAUUGCUGCUUCUGCKGUGCCGUCGCUUGUKAUGGCYCGUGGUCAYCGUAUYGARUCGGUKCCUGAGCUUCCRUUGGUURUUAGCGAUUCUGCWGARGGYGUUGAGAAGACUCAGAAYGCWAUYAAGGUKUUGAAGCAGAUCGGMGCUUAUSCUGAUGCWGAGAAAGCUAAGGAUUCWGUYGGSAUUCGUCCUGGRAAGGGGAAAAUGAGGAACCGUAGGUAUAUUUCACGUAAGGGACCUUUGAUCGUGUAUGGUACUGAAGGUGCCAAGCUUGUGAAGGCUUUUAGGAACAUCCCUGGUGUGGAAAUUGCAAAUGUUGAGAGGUUGAACUUGCUAAAGUUGGCUCCUGGUGGACAUCUUGGAAGGUUUAUUAUCUGGACCAAAUCUGCCUUUGAAAAGUUGGAUUCCAUCUACGGAUCAUUUGAUAAGACAAGUGAGAAGAAGAAGGGUUAUGUUUUGCCAAGGGCAAAGAUGGAGAAUGCCGAUUUAGCUCGGAUAAUCAAUUCUGAUGAGGUGCAGUCUGUGGUGAAGCCGAUUAAGAAGGAGGUCAAGAGGGCUCCAAUGAAGAAGAAUCCAUUGAAGAACUUGAACACCAUGCUCAGGUUGAACCCAUAUGCUAAGACUGCCAAGAGGAUGGCUGUGCUUGCUGAGGAACAGCGAAAGAAGGCCAAGAAGGAAAAGCUUGACAGCAAGAGGAAACCCAUCUCUAAGGAGGAAGCCACAAAAAUCAAGGCAGCUAGCAAAUCAUGGUACAAGACUAUGAUUUCUGACAGCGACUAUGCCGAGUUUGAUGUUUUCACCAAGUGGCUUGGUGUUUCACAGUAAUCCCUCUUUCCUCUCACAUGGUUCUAAGGUGCAUCUGUUAGGUUUUGAGAUAGAAGUUUAUAAAAGCACUUUGUUGUGUUUUUGCUAAAAUUGGAUUUUUAUGAGUUUAAUUUGGCAAUGAGUUUUGUUAUGAUUGAGUUUCAUUUCUGUUAUUAUUGAAUUUUAAUCUAUGUUACAUUUCAUGCA